AUGGUGUCCUCAUCCCCUAGCGGCGACCCCUCUGACACAGAGGACUGCAAUUCUGAAACCAAAUGCAUGCUGAGCCUCUCUGGGGGCUGUCUCCCCAGUGAAGAGCCCUCGUCCUGUGAGGACAUCAUCCUUCCUGAAGACAUGACUCCCAGUCUACUUCAGGAUGACCCACAGCAGAUCUACAACCUAGGUAUCACUGUGCCCUGGGCUGACGACAAUGGCUUUGAAGAAUCAACUGCUCAUGAAAAUCUACAUAGAGGCAAAGAUGAAACAAAAUGUACUGAAGGAAAACUGGAUGGUCUUGUGAAACUGCUGAAGACAUUUCAGGGCUUUUACAUGGAUGAUGAAGAAAUCCAAAAGGAAGACAGUGAAAAUCCCCAAAAAACUCGGAGGAAGAAGAAAGAUGAGGACCGGGAUUGCCUCAAACUUACUCUGGCCGAAGACCUCAGGCUGAGCAGCUGUUCCCCUGCCCAGCUCACUCAUCAGGGACAUGAGGCAUGUCUAGACUUGCCCAUGUGCAAACCAUCAGGAAACACAGAUGUCAUCCCAGUCCCAGAGCUGCCUGUGACACUGAAGGGACAGGAACGUGCCGAGGUGAGCAGAGCUGCCUCCCAGAGAGCAAGGGCCAGGCCCAGUGGGGAGCAGACGGCAGUCGAGGGGAGCAGCAGCCACAAGUCAGGGAUCACAGAGUCCUCCACCUCCUCAGCACACCCAGAGGAUGACACCCCCAGACCACAGAGAACCUCCUGUCUGCUCGUGGGGCAGGCCUUCCACCGGCUGCUCGAGAGUCCUUUCCAAGAAAUGCAAAAGACAGGAUCCUGAGCAAGACACCAAGAGCCACCCUCAGCAGGCUCCAAAGAGAAGUCAAUGUCUAGAGGCAAAUGGAUCCAGCCUGAAGGACCCCUUGAGCUGUUAGGACCACCCCACAUCCCCACAUUUUCCCACUACGUGCUACCCCAUCAUCCCAAAUACACAUAGUUGAUAUUUCUCAAUAAAGCACAUGUUCUUAAAAAAAAAAAAAAAAAAAAGCACAUAUUCUUGUCCCCUGUGUCUGCCUCUUCCAGCAAGUCAUCUUCACUCAGGCUCAGAGUAUGCA